AUGACGGAAGAAAGCUUAGCACCUUUUUACCGGAAUCGAAGGAGAUUGCCUCGGAAACAGCGUCAACAUGAAUGCUCCAGUAAAGCCAAUCGACAGCUGGUCAAGAGGAAUGCGCCGUCGUCUUCUGGUGGAACCGACCUUCGAAUCUCUCUCGAAAUGGAAAGGUGUGCCCUUUUGAUUGGAUUCAGGGAGGCCCAAUCACAAUCCCUGUUGUACUUGAAGUGUCGAUCACACUCCCUCAUUCAAACCCCUCCAAGCUGGUCUUGCAACCUGGUGCUCUUCUUCUUCCCUCUGACACGCUACAACCACUCUUCUCCCAACCGCUGGAACCCGCCCAUUACCUCUCGUCUCUCUACAACAGGUCUCUCUGCAAGCCAGCCAAUCCGACGAAUGGUGGACGCCUUCAGGUGCCCCCAUCAGGGUUGCCUGUACUUCGGCAAGACCAGCAAAAGCUCCCGCGACCUAUCCCACACCGGAUUGCAUUGUUCUGUCGCCAAUCUCGCCAACCAGGCCCUGGCUUCUGACACUAAAGCACCCGUCGUCUUGGCGCCAUCACCUGUUGCAAGGGUUGACCACCUACCCGGGGGCGGUGUGAUGCCAGGCGAACUUUGA